AUGUCUUCUCUCAACAGCGGUUCGUCGGUCUAUCACGGCGUCAAGGGCUUCUACUGGCGCCAAGCCGACUUCACCUUGGUCUCCACACACGGCACCAACGGCGCUUACCUGGAAGCUGCCUGGCCCCAAUUGCGCGAGCAGCUUCUGGCCACCAAACCGCGCCAUGGUGUUGACCUUAGCUCAGGGAAACACAUCAAGGCAACCGACAUCUCUUUGAACCUCUCAUCCGAACACAGCACAUACUGUGUCCGAGAACUUUACGAUCCGGCACGGCCGGACAGCAUUCUUGGCUUGGUUUGCAACAAGAACGCUGCUUCCACGUCCGACGAUUCGUCCGCCGAUCUGGUCUCUUGGGCGGAGUUGUUCGUGCUUUGCGAGACUCGUCUCCUACCACCGACAGAACGCACUUCUGGGAACCUGGAUGAGAAGGAUGCACAGCUUGCUUCUCGCGUCGCCGACAUAUUUGACCAGUACCUCCGCAACGUUACUCGGAACGACAAAUGGAGCAUUGGACGCAGCCACUUCGAGUCCUGCGUGCUGAAUUUUGUCACUCGUCGCCAGCCUAUUCAAUUCUGUCUCCCUGCGUUUCCCUGCAAAUCGCCCAGCGCAGAGAAGACGUGCGGCACUGAUCCAGACGGUGCUGAGCAUCUUGCUCUGAAGACGCUUGACGAGUUCGCACGUCGCGUGGGCGAUAUCUACAGCCCGGGCGCCAUCGUUCUCAUCGUCAGUGACGGACACGUCUUCUCCGACCUGCUGGAGGUCAAGGAUGACCAAGUCGACAUUUAUGGCGAGUCCUUGAAGCAGAUGUAUCAUCGCAUGGAGUCCAGAAAGCAGUGCAACGGCAACAUUCAGUUCACCUCCUUGACCGACAUCUUCUUCGGCAACAGGGAAGUCACAGGCCUCUUGCAGAAGCAGUGGGUCGAGCAAGUCGAGCUGACGCACCCGAUCGACUCGGAGCGCUCCGAGAAUGCGGAGCUCUGCCGCAAGCUGAUGAUGGCCCUCGGCCAGAACGACAAGACCAUGCUGCGCAGCCUGAUCAGCAGCCAAGACCGCUCGACCCUCGGCCUGUACCGCGGCCUGUCGCGCUUCAUGCUCGACGACCUGUCCCAGAGCCGCGCGUUCGCCGGCGGGCUCAGCGUGUCGAAGCGGAAGAAGAUGGCGUCGGCCGUGGCGGCCGAGAUGAUGGUGCGCAACUGCGCGUACUCGAACCUCGUCGAGCUGCUCUUCCCCUCGCACGUGCGCCUCUCCAUCCACGCGCACGACAACUCGGGCCCCAAGUUCGCCAUCCGCCUGCUCGCCGCCAUCGCCGUCGACGACCUCGAGUCCCGCAGCGCGCAGGCGUCGCUGGACAACUACCACACGCCGACCCCGUGGCACAACUGCCUCGCGUACGUCGAGGGCGAGCCCACCCCGUACCUCGUCAAAGCGCGCGCGGCGCACGACGCCAUCGCGAAGGGCUACCUCCAGGGCGCGUGGACGGGCUCGGAGAAUGGCAGCUACUUCGCCUUGAAGCCGCCGACGGCGACGACGUCGACACACGUCGCUCCGCCCUUGGCCGUCGUCAUCCCGCAGUCGCCGGUGGCCAUGGCGGCGCAGGACGAGGUUGUCGUCAGCGCGGUCGAGAAGCGCCAGCCGUUGCUCGUGCAGGAGUAUCCGGUGUUGGGAAGGAUGCUGCCGGUUGUGUAUGUGCCGUUGAGGUGGACGACCGAGUACAUUCUGCAGAUGGGCGGUGCUUGGUGGACUUGGACUUCUGCAUGA